AUGGUGUCCAACGACAUCGCGACCCGGGAGCUCGAGAACCCCAUAGACGUCGCCGACUAUCUGUUCCGGCGCCUGCACGAGGUUGGCAUCCGCGCCGUGCACGGGGUUCCGGGAGACUACAACCUCGCAGCCUUGGAUUAUCUGCCCAAGUGCGGGCUGAACUGGGUGGGCAACUGCAACGAGCUCAAUGCCGGUUACGCGGCCGAUGGCUAUGCGCGCGUCAAGGGCAUCAGCGCUCUGGUCACCACCUUUGGUGUGGGAGAGCUAUCGGCCCUCAACGCCAUCGCCGGUGCAUACUCUGAAUUCGUCCCCAUCGUCCACAUCGUGGGCCAGCCGAACACCAAGUCGCAGCGCGAUGGCAUGCUGCUGCACCAUACCCUGGGCAAUGGCGAUUUCAAUGUUUUCACCAGAAUGAGUGAGGAUAUCUCGUGCUAUGUGGCCCGCCUGAAUGACCCCCACGACGCCGCGACUCAGAUCGACAGUGCCAUCCGCCAAUGCUGGAUCCGCAGCCGUCCGGUCUAUGUGACCCUCCCCACCGACAUGGUGAACGCCAAGGUGAACGGCGAUCGUCUGAAGAAACCCAUUGACCUGUCACUGCCUGAUAACGAUCCCGAGAAGGAAGACUACGUGGUGGAGGUCGUGUUGAAGUAUCUCCGGGCGGCCAAGAAUCCCGUGAUUCUCGUGGACGCCUGCGCGAUUCGGCAUCGGGCGCUGGAAGAGGUGCAUGACUUGGUGGUGGCUUCUGGUCUGCCCACAUUUGUGACCCCCAUGGGCAAAGGGGCUGUGGAUGAGACACACAAGAAUUUCGGAGGCGUCUAUGCUGGCAACGGGUCCAACCCCGGCGUGGGCGAGAUGGUUGAGUCCUCGGAUCUGGUCCUCAGCAUCGGCGCAAUCAAGUCCGACUUCAACACUUCUGGAUUUACCUACCGCAUCGGACAACUGAACACCAUUGAUUUCCACAGCACCUACGUGCGGGUACGUUAUUCCGAGUAUCCGGACACCAACAUGAAGGGUGUUCUGCGGAAGGUCAUCCAGCGCAUGGGUACGAUUAGCCCGGCCUCUGUGCCUCAAAUCAGCAACCGACUGCCAGACAGUGAGCGCAGUUCCUCCGACCAGACCAUCACCCAUGCCUGGCUGUGGCCGACGGUUGGCCAGUGGCUGAAGCCCAAGGAUAUCGUGCUCACCGAAACCGGUACCGCUAACUUUGGCAUCUGGGACACUCGAUUCCCCGCCCAGGUGACUGCCAUCAGCCAGGUUCUCUGGGGCAGCAUUGGUUACUCGCUCGGAGCCUGCCAGGGCGCUGCUUUGGCCGCCAAGGAACAGGGCAAUCGCCGGACCGUCCUCUUCAUUGGCGAUGGCAGCACUCAGUUGACAGUGCAGGAGCUGAGCACGAUGCUCCGUAACAAGCUGAACCCCAUUGUCUUCGUGAUCUGCAACGAGGGAUACACGAUUGAACGAUACAUCCAUGGAUGGGAUGCGAGCUACAACGACAUUCAGCCCUGGGACCACCUGAGCAUCCCCAAGGUCUUCGGGGCCAAGGAUGGCUACAAGGGAUACCGCAUCAAGACCCGGGAUGAGCUCAACAAACUGUUUGCAGACCAGACUUUCUGCAACCAUGAUAGUCUCCAGUUGGUUGAGCUUUACAUGCCUCGUGAGGACGCACCAGCCGCUCUCAAAUUGACCGCCGAGGCAGCAGCUACACUAAACAAGUAA